AUGACGAUCCAGCCUAAGGUCAAAACUGGUGGUCCAUUCACCUGGACUCAAAUCCAACAAAUUGUAAACGCAAACCAACUUGAGUCAUUUGCUAGAAGUGAAGAACAAUACUAUAAAUACCAACAAUUUAAAAGCGAUUUGUCAUCACAGGGUAUAACCUUAAACGACCACGUACUCAAAGACGAAUUACAAUGGAAACAAAGCGACAUUCGUUGUCAAACAUCACCAGCAACUAAAUCAUUACCAAGGGAGUAUUCAAUAUCACAGCCACAAGACUUGAUUUUCUAUAGUGACGACGAUAUAAAGAUUAUUUAUAACAAGUUUCCUUACUAUUUCAAAGACUCAGUGAUUCAUUUAUGUGUUUGGUCGAAAUUAAUCAUACCUGAUGAUAUCAAUUCCCCUGAGGGUGAUAUAUCGCCACUCACAAAAAGAAUCAUUGAACGAUAUUUGAAAAAGACAUUUAUUGAUAAGGGGGUACUGAAGAACAACUUAGUGUGGUUUAGAAAUUGGACAAGUUUACAAAGUGUUAGAAGUGUAAGCCAUAUUCAUGUGCUUCUACACGAUGUUGAUGAUGGGCUUAUUCAGAAACUUCUUGGAACUUCAGGCAAUACUUUGACCUUGGAGGAUUACAAAGAGUUGUUGGAUGAAUAG